AUGGAUGGAGAUGCGCGGUGCAGAUGGUUAGUGUUUCCUGAUGAUGAUGAUGCCCCCGUACCGAAAGUAUGGAAGGAACCGUUCGAGGCUGACAGCUGCGCGUUGGGAACACGCGAAAAAGCAAAAUCAAAGAGCGGAACCAGGACGGCACGAUCCGAUCACCGCGGUAACGUUACACAACCUCCAUGGCGUAUUCAACCAAGCUCAAGUCCAAGUCCAAGAUACGAAGGCGCGCAGUCAAAUUCAAUAGUCUUGCUGCCUGCCUGCGGCUGUGCCUGUGUGACGCGAACUCUGGUCUUUUGCGGCUGUGCGUGCGCUCCUCUUCGCAUUCGUCUACUUCCUGCCUUCCUCCGUUCCUUCCCGUUUCUGACCUAUGACCGUGCAUUACUACGGAGCAUAUGUUACACAGCAUGCACGCAAUACGUAGUGUCCGAGCGCAACGCAGCGUUCCUUCGGCGUGAGGUGUUGCUAAGUCUCGCUGCGCGCGUGCACGUUCGCACGCAGGACACGCAUGUCGCGGGACCGAUUGCACUAUCUAUUGCGGAGGUUGCAGUAUGCAGUAUGCACGAGGCUGAGAGUGGAUGUUCGCUGCACCGAAAAAGAAGAUUCGAAGAGGUGAGGCAUAUCGGAUUUGUGUCACCGUGA